AAAGACGACAACAGGCACAAGCUUCGAACCACCAAGAUCUAUAUUGCUUGUUUAAUAAGGAAAUAUAAAUUUUAAACAGAAUGAAAAUGAAUACCCCAAUUUCCUUUAACGGAGGAUUGUGACGCUACUUCUUCCUUCAAAUAAAAACUCAUGUAAAAAGUAUUGAUGCCCAUACCAACUUUGUGAGAAUCCUUUUCUUUUUAAAAUAAUUAAAAUGAUACCAAUUGAAUUUUUCCAUAGUUCGCAAGAGGAAGCUUCUAUUCUAUUCAAAGGAAUCCUUCCCUUGUCUACUAAUGUUACUUAAACUGCCAUAUGGAUCCGAUCGUCAUUUUGCAAAGUGCACCGACCAACAUGCACUGUAUGGUCUUCUUAUGGAUUAUUUUAUACUUUUAACGCAAACACACAGGCAUACUUAUAUAUAUGAUACAGGACUAUUUAGAUACUCAGUAAAUAAAAGCUGGUACGCAUCUUUUUUGUAAAAUAUCAUAUUAAGGAGGAUUUUAGUAACAGUAAAACUUGCGUUACAUUGUCUUAACCGGAUUAAGCAAAGGAAACGAUGUUCAUUAAUUUGUAUGACAAAAUGUCAUUUUAAGUGAGAAACUGCCAACUUCAAACUGUCUGUCUACCUUUUUAAUUGUUUUGUAUAAAAAGGAGAGAAUGAGUGAAGAAAAACCAACAAUCCGUAAUGAAGAUGAUGAUCGUUAUGAAGACGAUACAGGAGAUUUAGAUCUUGGCCAAAUUGGUUCUCGAGUUUGGCUAGUAAAAGUUCCAAGAUUUCUUAUGGAGAAAUGGGACGCGAUUCCCGAUGACGAUCGUGCAAAUCUUGGUUGUGUACGUGUGAAAAAUGAUGAGAUUCAACUUCUUCUACACAACAAGCCAGAAAACGCCGAUGUUCCUAAAAACUACAACUUAAAAGUGAUGAACAAAUUUGUCAAAAAUUCAUAUGUCUUUCGAGAAGCCGAGUCAUCAUCUAGCAAUACAAAAAGUACUGCUUUGGUUGGCACUGUAGCUCACGAAUGUAACGUUACACCAAUCAUUAAUGAUGAUUAUCGACGCGUUAUGCAGAAGCGAGCUUUGGCUGCAAGUGCUCCUAAGCGCAAAGUCCAAAUGAUUGAUGAUAGAGGUGCGAGUCUGCUUGCUCCUGGAACAUUGGGAGCUCGGAAUAGAAAUACCACAUCGUUUAUUCGAAAUGUCAAGCCUAGAACUGGCGAAGGGUUGAAGAACUCUCGUAUUCCUAGGAACGAACUUUUGGAUAUUCUUUUCAAGUGUUUUGAAGAUUAUGAAUAUUGGACUUUGAAAGGUCUUCGUGAAUAUGUUAAACAACCUGAGGUUUAUUUAAAAGAAGUCCUGGAUAGUAUAGCCAUCUUGAAUAAACGUGGUCCAUAUGCAUUGAAAUAUAGCUUAAAGCCUGAAUAUAAAGGAACAAUGGAUGCUGCUACGAGAGAACUUUUGAAUCAACAAGUUUCUCAGUCCGAAUUAUCUCAACAGCAAAAUGCACAGAAGGGAUCUGCCUCUCCAACUGGCCCUUCAUCAUCUGCAAGUGAUGCCAACAAAGAUGGGGACAAUGACGACGAGGUUGAAAUGAUUGAUAUUCUAUAAGUUAACGAAUUAAUGAACUUUCUUGCUUUGGUUUUUUGUUGAAAAGUUUCCAAAAUCUCAAUGUCUCAUCACCUGCUCCUGUAACGAUAGAUUGACCAUCAGGACUCAUAGACAAAUGAAGCACACGAUUCGUGUGUCCUGUAAGAUUAACAACAUUUGAAAGUGAUGGGUACUUCCAUAGUGAAACUUGAUUUUUGGCGUAGCCAUGAGUAGUAACAAUCUCAUUGGACGUCUUGGACCAUGCCAAAUUGCAUACUUGGGAUCCCGUGUCGAGACGAUUUUGAAGCUUUCCUGUUAAUGUAUUAUGUAUCAUUAAGGAUCUAUCGACUGUUCCUCCUCCGCUCGCCAGGAUUCCUCGCUGGUGUGGACUCCACCCUAUUGCUUUGACAGCAGCAUUAUGAUCCAAAAAUGUAUGCAAUGGUCGCGUAUUACGAUAAUCCCAUACAACGAGUUUGUUGUCAUUUCCGCCGGACGCCAAUUGACCUAGAUUGCUUUCCCAUUGGAGACCACAAAUUUCUUGGUCGUGGCCUUUGAUCUUCAAAUAACAUUCUGGUUUGCGUAGAUCAUGAUGAGCCAGCAUUUCAUCCUUUCCUCCACUUGUUAAAGUAUGGCCGUUGGAAGCCAACGCUGCUACUCUUUUUGAAUGCCCACGUAAACUUCUUAUAGGCUUGGUACAUUCUGUAUCCCAGAUAUGAAUGAAGCCUGAAUCUGUUCCAACAGCAAUAUUGGUUCCUAUUCCGGUCCAUAAAACACUAGUCACAUUGUUUGCUUCGCCAAAAUCGUGGAGUUUUACCACUUUACCGCUAUUUGCUGACCACAAAUAUACACUACUUGCUAAGCCGACUGCUAGAAUAUUCGAUUUUCCCCAAUUAAGCAAAUUAAGAUAGAAGUCAUCUUCCAAAUAAGGAGCAUCUAAAACUUUGUAUGGAGCCUUAGGAAAUAUCCUUUUCGGUUUCGGGGGACGAAGCAAGAGGUCUUGUGAUUGAGGUGAAAUAGGGGACAAAGAGUAAGAAUUUCUUGUAGGAAUAUCAAAGAAAUUUCUUUCUGGCUUUUCUUUGAGACCACCAUAUCGAAAAGUCCUUGAGGCUACUUGCUUAUUGCCGAAAAGUUCAAUGCUUAGAAGCUCCAUAAAUUGUCGUUGAACUAGUCAUAUUAGUAUUAACUAAACUUUCAAUUUAUCUUAAUGUGUACAUACCACUUCCUGAGCUCUUGCGACGUAGAGAUGUCCCUUCGCUUAUUGUCUUCCGAAUCGAUUCAAAACUAAUAUCAAACUCAUUACUGACGUUGCGUAUGGGGAUGAAUCUAUCUCCCAUCUUCAAAUAAUUCUCGCAGCGUUGGUCAAUGGUGGAAGAAAAAGAACAUGAAGCGCCUCUAAGUUUAGUUUCAUGGUUUGUUUGUUUUCCUUAACCUUUGUACUCUAUUUUUGUUUACAUGUGCAGAGAAAAUAUUGAGUUAUAUUUACUAUCAAAAGAUGAAAACCAUUGUCAAUAAAUAAAAAUAAACAAACAAAUACAUUGAUAAAUCAAGCAAUUUGUUUGAAUAUGUCUUGCUUUUGAAAUCUAAUUUUAUGGAAGAAGGACUUCACUUCUUUAACAUUUAUAGAAGAAAAUGUCCCUUUAUUUUGACUCUAAAAUAUUUGUUAGCAUGAAGCGAAUUUUUUAGACUGUUAAACAAACCUUCUCUUGAGCGAGCACUUUCAGAUUAUUUUGAAAUUGUUCGAGGUCCAUUGAGUUAAAAAGUUGGUCUUCAACUAGGCCAAAUGAACAUUCUAAAAUUUCAUUUUGCGUUUCACCGCUAUCUUGUUGGGAUAGACAAUGAACACGGGAGAAGUCCACCUCUGUUAUUUUGGUUAAGUAAUUACAAAUAUUUUCGAUUUGUAUCGAAAAUCUUGACUUGUACUCAUGAGGAUUCGAUGGGUGCAAAGGAACAUUACCUUGAUCAGGAACUAGGGAAUUAUUGAAUGAUGUAUUUGGAACCCCACCGUACGUCCACAAAUAAAUUUUUCCUUGUAAAAAAGAUAAAUAAAUUCCAUUAUUUUUCAGACAUCGACUGGAAGCAGCGGUAGGUUCCGGAAUGUUCAAUUGACAACUUGAAUCUUCAAAUCCCGACUUGAAGCCCAUAUUAUGAAGAGGAAUGAUAAGUGGAUAGAUCAUCAUGCAAAUAACUUUGACAUGCCCUGUUUUAAUUUUGAAGUUGAAAAAGAUUUCAUCAGUGCCAUCAUAUACGAAGGAUAGCUUUGUAAGUUUUCUGGCAGGCUUUCACAUAUGCCGGGAUCUUUACCUUGCUGAGCACGGUAUUCAACAAGAAGAUCUAUAAUUUUUCUACAAAACCAAUUUUGAAGAUUUCGGGUGGUUGACAUAUACGCAGCUAACGAUUAGUUAUAAGUUUUGGAAUUGCUUGACUUACCAUAUUUUGCCAUGCUAGCAACUAAUGUUUCACAAUCCGCUUUUGAAAAGACAUCCUUUUUGGAUGAUACAGUUGGUAAACGUGCAUGAUGACAUCUUACCCUUUCUGAGCCGUCGGUUGUCCUGUAGAAAGUGAGAACUUGAAUAGAUGCAGCUUGUGUUGAUAAGCUGGCAGUUUGUUCCAGUUCGAAAUAAAUAGAAGUUUCUGAAUUUAUCGCCGAAACAUCAACUAUGUUAUUCUUAGGAUAGUCGGAAACUUUUCCUGCUUUGAUUUGCUUAACACGAAGGCCAUUGGAAGCAGAAAUUCUUAUUUUUACAUGGGUGCCUAUGAACCCACUUAAAGAACCCAGUACAUCUUCUUUCAGAGUCGACUGUGCUGAACUACUAGUUAGAUAGAAGUGGUAAUUUCCACCUGUUUUUAAACAUAGUUGUUCAACCAAGUCGUUAUAUAUUUCUGAAUCGUUUUCCAGCAUGAAUAAAUCUAUGGAAAUUCCGUGUUCGAUUAAGGACUGCGUGUACAACUGCAACGAUUGUUGUCUUCUUCGUCUUUCUAGCAAUGAUGGACAUUCUAGAAUGUGAGUUAGCACCUUGUAAACGUAUAUAACUUACGUUUUCGUAUAGUGUUAUCCAAUCCAAGGACAUGUAUUUUUCCUUGCCUAUUUUCAAGCAGUUUAGCUGUUAUUUUCACGGCGUGUAAUAAGGCAUUGCGUCCAUUAGCCUUAUCAUUUGAACUGUUCUCGAUGUGUUUCAAAAUACGAACUACAUCCGGUCGAUUUUCGUUUGGAUCAAUGGAAGUGUCAUAAGGGAACAUUAUUUCAUCCUCUUCGAGAUCGAUCAUUACAAUUUCGUUAACUCGUUGUUUCUAAAUUAAAUUAGUAAAGGCCUAAUUAUACACAUGGUGCACUUACCGACAAUCGAUAAAAGUGUAAAGCAUUGUCAUAACCAAUGAAUAGGACUUUAGCAUUUGGAAACUUGACGCGAUAUUUUUCGUUUGCUAGUGUAAACGUGAUAGCGUCGACUAUGCUUCGUUUGAAUCCAGUGUUUGCUGAAGUACGAGAAAUGUCAAUUAGAAAUAUGUUAAGAAAAGGACUUCCAGUUGAGGGUUCCUUUACCAGAACAUCAAAUGACGGUUUCAUCAAAUUGUCUGUUGUGGAAUCUUCAUGCUCCAUUAACAUUUGUUGAAGUAUCAAGCUGAAAUCAUCUGUAAUACUGUUGCAAGCAUCACAAAACUCACAUCUCCAUUGUGAACCGCUAAAGAUUGUUCUACUAUGGAAACUGAAGUACGCACCACAAGUUACGCAACUUGGAAUCGAUAAUUCUCUUUCAUUUUCCCAGCGAUACACACAAGCAGGAUUAUUAAUAGAAAAUGGAUGUGCGAUAGAGGAAAAAGGUAAGCUAGAGGGAAUUUCAGUGGGGCUUUUAGGGACGGUCCUGUAUACAGAGCGAAGAAAACAAGGAUCUGUUGAGUCUUUCGAAGAAAAUGUGUAGUCUGUCAAAACCGUAGGAACAUAAUCGCUUGUGCUGGGGUCGUAUGAAACUUUAGAAAAGUAAUUGCGGUUAUCUAAACGCUCAGAUAAUAUUGGAUUAAAUCUUCCUACAGUAAACUCGCUAAGUUCACUCUCGCUAGUACUGGACGAAAUUGAUUUUGUAAUCCAGUCGUCAUCCAAACUAGUGUAGUAAGGACUCAAAAUUGCGACUUCAUCAGUACUAUUUCUAGAAGAAGAGUCAGGAGAAAAUGAAAAAGGCCCAGUUGUGGAAAACACCAUAUCGAAAAAAAAAACACCAAAAAAAAUAUCUGGGCACAAAAUCUGACUACCAAGAGCUAAUGUCUUAGUUUGGCGGCCAGAUACCGGCAACCAGGAAAAGUCGUGCAAAGAGACUCUCCAGAGAAGGAAUUAUGUAAUUAACUUUUCUGUUGGGUCUUCUUUGUACAACUUUUUCAAGUUGGGUGUUGUAGCGUUAGCAUGAGAGUGUUUAUUUACAUAUAGCAAGUGAUGUUAUGCUCAACACUUAGUUUGGGGAAAACAAAAAAUAAAAGCACAAGUUACUUAAUUGUUUGCUAACAACUACUUUUCAAGUCUCAAAACAAACAAAGAUUUUAUUAACACAUACAUGAGGUUUUUUGAGAAUUUAGCCCCCUUCUUGUACACUUUUCUAGAAAUGAAUUAUCACUAUAAUAACUAUUAACAGUAUUAAC